UUCGACGGCGAGUUCCUCCGCGUCAUCAUCCCGCGACGACAGAUCCCUGCCAACUUCUGGAGUCACUGAGGCGCGUCACCGUCCCAGUCACAGUACGCCUGCGGCCAAGAGCCUUCCGUAUAUCACGUCACGCCCUCGUUCAUGAAUUUUUUGCAGUAUACCGGCCGCGUGUGGCUGUAAUGACUCGUACUUUAUUCGAUCCGCUCUGUCUCUCUCACCCUCCCUUCGGCAUCGGCAUCAGCCAUCGAACGUUCGUGUGGUCGAUGGAUGCUCUUAUCGCGGAUUGGCCGUCAUCAACAUCGACCAUCAGCGGAUGACCCGUGCGUCGAUUGCCGGGUGGGCCAUGCGUUGAACGCGCUGGAGGCGUGCUCCCAUCUGUCCCUCAUACAUUCCUGCCAUCGCUCUCAUCGCCAUCGACUCAUCAGCAUCGACAACGGUGGGCGGCAGACAUGUGGUGCGGCCUUCGAGGGCACUCGGACGAGCACUCCACUUCGCCCGCAUCGACAUCGAUACAGGCCGUUUUGGUCGCGCCAGCAUCCGGCCGGCGACGUCAAUGGUGCUCCUCUCAUCCCCGUGUUUCCCUGUCCCGCCCAUAUCUUCUCAGUCUUGACUCAAGUCGCUUCCACAGUCGCUCGGCCUAUCCGAACCAUCAUCGUCUCUAUCACGCUAUCACUAUCUCACUCUAUCAGGACUGCUCUCCCGCUAAGAAGCCGCCUCUUACUCCUCUCGUGCCAACCGUACCUGUCUGUCUCCCACUCACCUCACCUCGCUACUGCUACUACACACUGCAUUAUACUACUCGAUAUACCGCGGAGGUGCAUCCAUAUAUCACUACGGGGUUUAACGACUAUACGCCUAUACAUAUACAGCCCCACGGCAGGCAUUACAGCUACAGCGUACAAGUUACGACGUACGGGUACGACGCGGAGGCGCCAUGGACCAAUCGAAUCGGAAUCGGAAUGGACUGCUAUACCAUCUAUCAUCUGUGUCGACAGAGCGACGGCCUGCCUACCGCGGGUUGACCGCCGCCGAACUCCUCUCCCCACCCCCUACCCACACACGCACUGCGGACUGCGGGAUGCACACCGCGAUGCGAAGGCUGUCGUCGAUCCGUGGGCACAGGGGUUCGACGUGACGCGUACGGUGCAUGUCGUAUCUCGCGCGACGUCCUUCCAGCCAGCACUUCUUGGCGCCGCCGGGGGAUCGCAGGCUUCGCACUUCGCGAAUCGCAGCACGCUCGGAUGCUCGGACGCUCAGCUGUCCUCCGGUCGCUCCACACCACGCGUUCAAGUUGUGCAGCGCGCCGUGUGCUGGAACGCAUGUUCUGUACGUAAGGUUAAUGCGUUUGUUAGUUAAUAAUGGUGUGCUGCGUCACUGAGACCUAGGAAUUGGAUUGCUGCUACGAACUCGCGCGUAAUGUGUGCGCGCCCUGGUGUAUUAUAUAUCUCGACUGACUCGAAUGUGUAAUGAUUGCUUGC